AUGGAGAGCCCUGAAGGUCUUUACACUUCGAGAAGCCCUAGUGGGGAAGGGAAGUGCAAGAGGCAUCAGGGAAGCCAGGCAGGACCCAGAGCAAGGAGAAGGAAGAGAGUUUCCAGAGGUGUUGCCUUCAGAGACAGGAGUGCCCUUGACAAGGAAAGAGGGCAACAAAACUACCCAGGAGAGAAACCCUUUAUCUGUAAGGAGUGUGGGAAAGCCUUUGGUCAGAGUGCAAACCUUAUCGUGCACCAAAGAAUUCACACAGGGGAGAAACCUUUCCUAUGUAAUGAGUGCGGAAAAGGUUUCAGACAGAGAUCACACCUCAUAUGACAUCAGAGGAUCCAUACUGGUGAGAAACCCUAUGAAUGUCAGGAAUGUGGGAAGACCUUCAGCCAGAGCUCAAAUCUCAUAGUUCAUCAGGGCAUCCACACUGGAGAGAAAUCUUUUGAAUGUGAUGAGUGUGGGAAAGCCUUCAGCCGGAGUUCAGGCCUGACUGUCCAUCAGAGGAUCCACACGGGGGAGAAGCCAUUUGAGUAUAAUGAAUGCGGCAAAGCUUUCAGUUGUAGUUCAUACCUUAUUGUGCAUCAGAGAAUUCACACAGGGGAGAAACCCUAUCAGUGUAAUGAGUGUGGAAGAGCCUUUGGCCAGAGCUCCCAUCUUAUUCUCCAUCAGACAACUCAUGCCCAGAAGAAACCUCAGCUGGCUACUUGGGUUAGGGCCCACUGUUAA